AUGGCCGAUUUCACCAAUAACGCACUCAAAAAGUUCAAGCUUGUCUUCCUCGGCGAGCAAAGCGUCGGAAAAACAUCCAUCAUCACAAGAUUCAUGUACGACUCAUUUGACAACACAUAUCAGGCUACCAUUGGAAUUGACUUUCUCAGCAAAACGAUGUAUCUCGAAGACAGAACGAUUCGCCUACAAUUGUGGGAUACCGCCGGUCAGGAACGUUUUCGGUCUCUUAUUCCAUCGUAUAUCCGUGAUUCGAGUGUCGCUGUUGUUGUUUACGACAUCACAAAUGCCAACUCGUUCCAUCAAACGACAAAGUGGGUCGAUGAUGUGCGCAACGAGCGUGGUUGUGACGUCAUCAUCGUGCUUGUCGGCAACAAGACCGAUCUCGCUGACAAAAGACAAGUCUCCACUGAAGAUGGUGAGAAGAAGGCGCGUGAUUUGAAUGUGAUGUUCAUCGAGACUUCCGCGAAAGCUGGAUACAAUGUGAAACAGCUGUUCCGCAAAAUCGCCACUGCUCUUCCUGGAAUUGUUCAAGAGGAAACUCCCGAGCAACCGAAUAUCGUGAUCAUGAAUCCACCAAAAGACUCUGAAGAGACCGAGGGUCGUCAAUGCCCGUGCUAA